AUGAAAUAUUCGACCAAAAAUGCAUCAGUUUUAGUAGGUAUAUUAGUUGUUACUCCUGGAAAUAUAUCGAGAGUUAUUCAUACUUAUCAAUAUUGGGGAUUAGAUUUUAUAUCUUCAUAUCCAGAUUCACAACUAUUAAUCAUUUCUUCGAAAGACUUAACUAAUUAUACUAGCAGAUCAUUUUUAUUUCAUACUGAUCCAAAUUUGCGCGAAGAUCAGAAUUUUGCGUUUGGAUUUAUUGAAUCUCUAGCAUAUUUUGUCAAAAAUACAACAUUACGUUGGUAUUUUCGUACAACAGAAGAUAGUUUAAUAAAUGUCCCAAAAUUUCAAGAUUUUAUUGAUGAAUUAGAAUCAAAAUAUAAUCCACUUACAGAUAUUGUUAUUCUCGGCCAGUUAUGUCGUAUUGAUGAAGAUUUUGCCUUCAUACAUGGAGGUUCCGGAUGGAUAAUGUCAAGAUACGCUGCAGAAAUGUAUGAAAAAAACAAAGAACAAAUUGAACGAAUAUAUUUCGAAAGUAUCGGAGGUGACGAUACUAUAACUGAUUCUAUUAGGCGAGUAUUUAAUUUAACUGAUGAAGAAAUGCAUUCAACAUCAGUUUUAGGCGUUCGACUGGAUGAUUUCUCGAUUCGCGCCUUAAGGUCGAAUAAUUUCACUGGUAUUGAUGUCUGUCCAAGUAUGACAACGAUUUCUACUGAUAGACCAAUACAAUUGAACAAAUUAAUUAUUUGGCAUUCGGGAAGAGAAGACACUCUACCUGUUGUAAGUGGCUAUGACAUUCUUAAUAGAGUAUCUGAUGAUAUAUAUGUUUAUUAUAAGCCCCACUGGGCAUCUGUUUGUAGUUAUUAUCGAUAA